AUGAAGCUACGGCUUCAGCAAGUCCAACAGGCCCAACAGGAAGAGAACCGGUCCAAAGAUAACUUGGAGGAAGAAGGGGAUAGUCAACGGAGAGGAACCCCUCAUAGACCAACUACUCCAGACGAGCAGAACUCGGACCUUCUUCGAGAAAUGAGGAAGGAAAUGGAUGAGCUGAGGAGCACCAUUAAAGAAAAGACGGACCGAAGCGUGGACAAAAUGGUAAGAGCUACGGAUUCACCCUUCACCGCCGCGGUACUAGAAUGCCCUGUGCCUUCAAAAUUUCGCUUACCUCAGCUUGAGCCGUUCGACGGGCUAAAAGACCCCCAGGAUCACCUUAAUACCUUCAAGACGACUCUGGGACUUCAACAACCACCUGACGAGAUACUGUGCCGUUCCUUCCCGACAACUCUCAAAGGAGUUGCAAGAGAAUGGUUUACUAAGUUGCCAAACUCGUCCAUAGACAACUUCGAUCAACUGAGUAGUGCCUUCUUGCGCCACUUCAUAGGGGGACAACGCCCAAGGAGGCCAGUAGAUUACUUACUCACCAUAAGACAAGGAGAGAAGGAGACUCUGAGAUCAUAUGUCAAGCGAUUCACCCGGGAAACUCUGGAAGUAGACGAAGCUGAUGAUAAGGUACAGCUGACGACCUUCAAAGCAGGGUUGAGAUCCAGAGACCUCGUGGCCUCUCUUGCAAAGAACCCCCCUAAGACGAUGGCAGAGAUGCUCCUAAAGGCACAAAAAUACAUGAAUGCGGAAGAUGCCCUAGCUGCCAUAAAAGAUAUCGAAAGGCCAGGAGGCAAGGCCAAGAGGGAAGACGACCGUAGGGGGCAAAAGAGAGACAGACCAGAUCGUCGGAACAAUGAUGGGAAUAGGAGGAAGGACGAUAAAAAUCCUCGGACGGUAAAAUUUACUCCCUUGGUUAUGCCUGUUGACAAGAUUUUCACGCAGAUCAAGGACGAGCACUAUCUCAAAUGGCCUAGGCCAUUACACUCAUCCCCCAACAUACGUGACAAGAAAAAGUACUGCCGGUUUCAUAGAGACCUGAAGGAGCAAAUAGAGGAAUUAAUACGAAAAGGGAAGUUACAGAAGUAUGUAAAGAAAGGAGAAUAUAGCAAGUUUAGAGACGACAACAGGACCCAGCGUGAAUCCUUCACUCGGGAUGACGACCAUCCGUCCCAGCCUCCACGCAAGGUGAUCGGAGAGAUGAACACGAUCACAAGAGGACCAUUCUCAGGAGGAUCAUUUAGAUCACUCAAAAAAGCAUACCACAGACAGGUGAACAGCGUCCACACCAUGCCUCCGUCCAAGCACCGACGAACAUGCCAGGACGUGUCCUUCAGUGAAGGAGACGCCAGGGGAGUAAAGCAGCCCCACAACGAUCCCCUGGUCAUAAUGCUGAAUAUAGAAGGGUUCAAUACCAAAAGGAUCCUUGUUGAUAACGGGAACUCAGCGGACAUCAUCUACUUCCCAGCCUUCCAGCAACUGAGAUUAGAUUCAAAAAGGCUUCGCCCUUUUGACUCUCCACUCGUCAGCUUCAGUGGAGACAGGGUCUACCCCAGGGGUAUAGUGACACUGACGGUGACGGCAGGGACCUACCCAUUGCAAUUGACCAAACAAGUAGACUUCCUGGUGGUAGAUUGCCCCUCAUCCUACAAUGUCAUAAUUGGGAGGCCCACCUUCAACAAGUGGAAGGCGGUGACGUCAACCUACUGCUUGAAGGUGAAAUUCCCGACAGACAACGGCGUGGGUGAAGUGAAAGGUGAUCAAGUCUUGGCAAGGGAAUGCUAUCAGGCCGUACUGGCAGGAAAGGAGAACUACACAUGGACGAUUGAAGAAAAAGAGGAAGACGGGAUGGAGACCUUGGAAACAGUGGAAUUGGUAGAAGGAAAUGCGGACAAGACGACCAAGAUAGGGACGACGCUAAGUCCCGAGAUGAGAACAAGACUCACCCCAGCAGGAAGCCCGUUCAGCAACGACGAAGAACCUUCGCCCCAGAGCGAGAUCAGGCAGUGGCAGAGGAAGUAA